AUGCAGCCAGUUUUGAGUCAGCCAUGUUCAUGGAUGCUUCAGAUGCUGCUAGUGUCAAACCUUCUCCUUUGGGAGAAUGUGUACUCUAUGUCAGUGUGCUUUGACAUGGAAGAAUACAAUGAGAUACCCAUUGAAGAACUCUUUGAUAGUGCUAUUUUCACUGCUCAAUACAUCUCGAACCUCGCAACACAACUGUCUGAGGAGUUUGACACAAAAUUUGCUCAUAGCCUUAUUUACAAAGCGAAGAACUCCAGCACCUGUCACACUACUUCACUUGCUACUCCUGCAAGCAUUGAGAAAAUCCAACAGACACAAUCAGAUGUCCUUCUGAAGAUGAUGAUCAGCACUUCACGAGCCUGGUACCACCCUCUGAAACAACUUGUGCAUACAAUGGCUACUCUUGAAGGAGCCUGUGAAACCUUGCUGUUGAAAGUCAAAGAAGUGGAUGAAAAAAACCAAGAUAUUCUAGAAGAACUCAAGGCAAUCCUUGUCAGGGUUCAUCCUGGAGCUGAAGAAAAUUUCUACCCUGCUUGGAUGGGACUGGCAGAUGUGAGGUCUACUGAUGAAGAUACCCGCCGCUUUGCUAUUAGUAACCUACUCCAAUGCCUGGCUAGUGAUACUGACAAAAUUGCCAAUUACCUUGAAGUCCUGAAGUGUCGCAUCAUCCAGAACAAUGACUGCUAA